CAUAUCGAUCCACCGACUCCUUUACCCGUUUCUGAUUUUUCGGCUUCUCCCUCGCUCUCGCUCUCGCUUUCGGUCUCGCGGCGGAUCUCAGGGGGUUGCGUAGAUCUCAGCUCUCUGGCACGGUUGAGGAAAUCUCAAAGUUAGAUUCAGUGGUUUUAGUUGACCUCUCUAGAUCUCUAUAUAUGAACUGACCACACCAUGGAAUUCUUGGGUUCCAUUUUUGAAAUUGGGAAGAAUGCAUUGGAAGCAACUGGAAAAUGGGUUUUAAAUAUCAAUAGCCUUGAUGCAAACAUGAAAAAUCUCAAAAGAAAGAUAGAGUACUUGAGCUGUCAAGAGGAUGAUAUAAAUACAGAACUGAGCAGUGCAGAGCGGUCAUUGAAAAGACGAAAGAAAGAAGUUGAAGUUUGGCUUGGGGAUGUGAAAACGUUAAAAGGUAAUGUGCGAACUUUGCAGAUACUUGAGGAAGAAGUAGUUGGAUGGAAGUAUGUCUUCUCACGUGCACGGUUGGGAAAGCUUGUCAUGGAGAAGAUUCACGAGGUGGAAGAAUUGCAAGUGAAGGGUAGAUUUUCUAAUGGUUUGCUGAUUGAUGCACUGCCAACUAGUUGAUGGUCCAGACCAACAAUGGGAUCUUUUUGUGAAACCACAAGUGAAAGGAACAUGGAGAAAGUUUGGGAAUACUUAAUGGAUGAUGAGGUUAGAACAAUUGGUGUGUUCGGAAUGGGGGGAGUUGGCAAAACAACCAUCAUGAAGCACAUUAACAGUCGACUCUUGAAUGAAACUUGUAACUUUGAUGAUGUUAUUUGGGUCACAGUAUCUAAAGCGUUCAACAUUAGCAAACUACAGAGUGACAUAGCUAAGGCAUUGAAUCUUGAUUUUUCAGAUUACAAGGAUGAAACCAGAAUAGCAACUGAAUUAUACGCAAUCCUUUCUCGAAAGGAGAGGUAUGUGCUCAUCUUAGAUGAUCUAUGGGAAGCAUUUCCUAUGGAGAAGGUGGGUAUUCCUGAACCGGCCAGAUUUAAUGGAUGUAAACUAGUUUUGAGUAUACGAUUCUUUGAAGUGUGUAAAAAAAUGGCGAGCAGACCUGUCAAAGUGGAGCUUCUCACGGAAGAAGAAGCACUAAAUUUAUUUAUGAGUAAGGUUGAAGGUCAGACAGUGCUUAUUCCUGAAGUGAAAGAAAUUGCUAGAAAAGUUGCCAAAGAAUAUCAUAUCAUCCCUAGGAAAGAGCUGAUAGAGUAUUGGAUAUCUGAGGGACUAAUAGCUGAGGCGAACAGUAUAGAAGCAAUGUUCAACACUGGUCAUGCUAUAUUGAAUAAACUCGUAAAUAUCUGCUUGCUGGAGAGUGCGAAGAUACACAGGACAGAAUGUGUGAGGAUGCAUGAUUUGAUCAGAGAUAUGGCUCUCAAAAUAACAAAAACGAGUCCUAGAUUCAUGGAACAAUCUGGUGAGGGAUUAGAAAGAGUAUCAUAUACAAACUGGUCUGAGGAAGUUGAGACGGUUUCCUUAAUGUAUAACACGAUAAAAGAACUUACUUUUAAACCACCCAUUUGCCAUUGGCUCACAACCUUACUAUUGGGACAUAUUCCAUUAAGAAAGAUUUCAGAUUCUUUCUUUACUCCUAUGCAACGUCUUAAGAUACUGGAUUUGUCCAACACCUACAUACAGUAUCUGCCAGAGUCCAUCUCCAACUUAGUGAAUUUACAUGCACUUUUACUAGUGAAUUGUGUGUGCUUAGAGUAUGUGCCAUCACUGGUGAAGCUGAAGGCAUUAAAAGAGUUCAAACUGAAUAGAAGUCUGAUUGGAGAAGUACCCCAAGGUAUGGAAGAAUUGGUUAAUCUUAGAAAUCUCGACCUCUCCUUCAAUAAAAGCCUACAUAUGCUUCCUUGCUGGAACUUAUGCAGACUCUCCCAACAUCAAAUCCUUAGAAUUGAAGGGUCAGGAGCUUUGGUGUCAGCACAAGAGGUCUUUGGCUACUUGACGCAAUUAAAAGUUCUUGGUGCUCAGUUUCUCAAUGUACAGGAGCUUACCAGUUAUGUGACAUCUCAACAAUGCCAAACCUUGGAAAACUACCGCCUUAUAGUGGGAAAUAAUUUUGAAUAUAUAAACAACUCUGUGGGGAAAGAAGUUCAUGCGAUCGGUUUUGACUCUAAACCUUUUGGGAGUGGAGUUGAUUCAUUGGUGCUUCCCAGCAACAUAGAAUACUUUGGGAUUACAAGAUGCGAGGAUCUCAUUAGCUUAUCAGAUAUUCUGUCCUUGAGGGAUGCCGGUCAUUUGAGAAUUUGUCUUGUCCAAUACUGUAAUGGGAUAGAAUCCAUCUUUUCAUCAUCAUCCUUCUCAGAAGAUUGCCAGAUCCCACUAAGAAUUGUUGAGGAAUUACGACUUCUUGAUUUACCCAGAUUUAGGGUACUCUUUGAUGGAGUUGUUCCACCACGCAACAUUUCAUUUAACCUUAAGAAGUUGUACUUCUAUAGAUGUUCCAGUGUUAAGAAUAUUUUUCCUGCCAUGUUGCAGAACUUCCCUAACCUUGAGGAACUAACCGUAUCUGAUUGUGAGAAUGUUGAAGAAAUAAUAGUAGAAGUAGAGAUGAGAUAUCAGAGCCAUCAUCAAGAUGAUAGCAACAUAAUCACACUCCGAAAUUUGAAGAGUUUACGGCUAGGAAAGAUACCAAUACUGAAGAACAUAUAUAAGGGCAUAAUGGUUUGUGAAUCUCUGCAAGAUAUUCUUGUACAUAGUUGUCCCAUAUUAAGGAGACUGCCUCUUUCUUUCCACGUGAAUAGUGGGCAUGCAUCAGCACCUCCCGGUCAGCACGUUAGGGGAGAUGAAGAGUGUUGGGAAUAUCUGCAAUGGGAUGAUCCCCACACCAAAACCACUCUGCAGCCUUUGUUUGUUCCAUUUCACAAGGAGGAUCAAAUAUAA